AUGGCAAAGUGUUGCAUGCUGCUGCUCUUCUUGGGGUUCCUCUUGCAGGUGGCCGGAGCAAAGUCGUGGUCGUGCCACCACGACGACCUCCACGCGUUGAGGGGCUUCGCCGAGAACCUAAGCGGCAAAGGAGCCGUCCGCCUCCGCGCCGCAUGGUCCGGCGCCUCAUGCUGCAGCUGGGAAGGUGUGGGAUGCGAAACAGCAAGCGGCCGCGUCGUGGCAUUGCGGCUCCCCAAGCGCGGCCUUGGAGGGAUCAUCCCAUCGUCGAUUGGUGAGCUUGAUCACCUUCGCUAUUUGGAUCUCUCGGGUAAUUCAUUGGUUGGGGAGGUACCAAAAAGUUUGCAGAAACAGCUGAAGAGCCUCACCACUGAUGGCCUGAGCAGUAACAGAAGAACACUUGACGAAGAACCAAAUACAAUAUCAGGGACCAACAAUAGUGUUGGAUCCGGGAGCAACAAUGUUGUUUCCGGGAACGACAACACGGUCAUAUCUGGGAAUAACAACCAUGUGUCUGGGAGCAACAACACUGUUGUAACUGGAAGUGACAAUACUGUAGUUGGUAGCAACCAUGUCGUAUCAGGGACAAACCAUAUUGUUACUGAUAACAAUAAUGUUGUAUCUGGGAACGACAAUAAUGUGUCUGGGAGCUUCCAUACUGUAUCGGGGGAGCACAAUACCGUAUCUGGAAGCAACAAUACUGUAUCCGGGAGCAACCAUAUCGUAUCUGGAAGCAACAAAGUCGUAACAGAUGGUUAAUAUUCUGUAGGUGCAAGAUUACUUCCAUCUUCCCAAGUUCAGUGUAGCUCAUAAUCAAUUGAUGGAGACAAUCACGUUAUGUAACUU